AUGGUCAAGUUUUCCCUCCUCGCCGCUAGCCUUGUGGCACCUAGCGUGCUUGCUGGUCCUCUGCCGGGGCCCAAAACCCAAACCGAGCAUAACCUCGACCCCCGCCAGGGCGGUUACUACUUCCAAAACUGGUCCGAGGGAGGCAGCAACAUCCGCUGCAACAACGGCAACGGUGGUUCCUACACAGCCAACUGGAGCAGCAAGGGCGGGUUCGUGUGCGGCAAGGGCUGGAGCUACGGAGGCAACCGAGCCAUUCGAUACAGCGGCUCCUACAACGCCACGGGCCCCGGCUACCUGGCCGUGUACGGGUGGACGCGCAACCCGCUGAUCGAGUACUACGUGAUCGAGGCGCACGCGGAGCUGGCGCCCAACGAGCCGUGGACGUCCAAGGGCAACUUCAGCACGGCCGAGGGCGACUACGAGAUCUUCAGCAGCACGCGGGUCAACAAGCCGUCGAUCGAGGGCACGCGCACCUUCCAGCAGUACUGGUCCGUCCGCAAGGAGCAGCGCGUCGGCGGCACCGUCACCACCCAGGACCACUUCAACGAGUGGGCCAAGGUCGGCAUGCGCCUCGGCAACCACGACUACGUCAUCAUGGCGACGGAGGGCUAUACUGCCACUGGCGGGCCGGGUAGCAGUGGCUCGGCUUCCAUCACCUUGCAGUGAGUAACUCGUGGUAGCAGGUUGUUGAGUUUGCAAGCUGGGGAGGCGUGGCCCCUUUGCGAUGGUAGUACCCUUCGGCGUAUCCCUCAUGUCCAUUCAUAACCAUAAACAAUAUGUACAUAGUAAAUGCAGGGACCCUGAGGAUCAACAUCAGUCAGAACAUUGAGCUGUGCCCCUCA